UGCAACAUUUGUUUUGUUUUCUUGUACUUUCACUUCUUUCUUGUUAAAGUUAAAUCCGCCCACCAUGAAGUGUUGUGUAAAAAACUGCGAAAACAAAAAGGGAAUGAAUAACCAACAUACACUUUUUUCAUUCCCAAGCGACGAGAAACUUUUAAAGAAGUGGUUAAAGUUUACUAAAAGAACCGACCCAUUUAAUAAGAAAACGUGGAGAGUGUGCGAGGAGCAUUUUAAUCCAGAGGACGUCCAUGGGCGGAUGCAGUGCGACCUUGGUUUUCGCUCUCGCUUAGUAUUGAAGACGGGUGCGGUGCCUUGUAUAAACAAAAACGACGUGAGCUUAUUGGAUCAAUUUCGCGAGGAAAAGCGAAAAAACAAACAAUUAGUGGAAGAACUACUAGCUGACGCUGAAAGGGCUGAAGACUAUGCUAAAACGGUGGCCGAUAAGGUGCACUUGAAGCCACGUGUGUUUGAUGAUCAGGAGGAUGAAGAAAGUCCAUUGAAAGAGCCACAAGUAGAUAUUGAAUUUAAUAGUGACACCGUCUUAUCACAAGACAGUGAGACAAUUCUUUCAGAUGAAUUGUUAGACCUUGAAAAUGACGUAUGCUCUGAGGUAAUAGAUAUUGAGGAAAAACUUGAAAAGGACAACUCCAGUAGGAUAUAUGGACGAAAAAACAAACAGAUUGUGGAUGGACAAUUAUUUGGCGCUGAAAAUGAUGAGCACGACUAUGCUAGGACGAUGUCUGAAGAGCCGUGCACAAAAACACGAGUUUUUUGCGCCCAAGAAGAUGAAGCAAGUCCCUUGCAAGAGCCACAAAUAGAUUUUGAACUUGAUAGUGGCGGUGUCGUCUCAGAAAACAGUAAGCCGAGUCUUUCCGAUUGUCUGCGAGACCUUCAAAAUGAAGUCUGCCUUGGAGAUGUGUUAGUUGUUGAGGACCCAACUAAUGCGAACGCAUCGUACAAUUUAAUUGUGCAUCAACAACCGUUGGCUUCCACGGAUCUCAAUUUACAGGCAGUUAAUACACAGAACAAAUUGCUUCGCUGGGACGAUGUGAUAGUUCUGGAUACAAGCGAAAAUAAUAAAACUGACAAAAAAGUACUUGAGGCGUCUAAGUUUAUCAAAAAAGCUGCCACUACAAUAUUUUAUACUGGGCAGGAAAUAAGUGACAGCAUGAAAAAAUGUCGUAUAUGUGCUCGAUACUUUAUUGCUGAUGCCAACGCAAAGGACCUUUUCGAUGAAACUAACGGUGCACUCCUAUAUAACAUUGAAGCGGUCACUGGGAUAAUGAUUCAAUUGCUGGAAGGACUUCCCCACUAUAUUUGUUCGGGUUGCUUUUCAGAUUUGGGCAGAGCCACUGCUUUUCGAGAAAACUGCAUACGAAGUGAAGAGAUCCUUAGCCUGCAAAUUCAAGAACAGGAACAGAUUGCACAGUCAAUUGAAAUCAUAGAAGACGUCGACGACCAUGAAAAUUGUGAGGAAUUACAGAGAAAACAAAUAUUUGAUCAUUUAGGUCAUAAUGGGGUUCAAGUUGAGUUAGAACCUAUUCUAAAGAAUGAUGCCACAACUAAAGAAAAACCUCCAGAAACACCCAGUAACGCCGAUCCUCUUUGCGUAGGAGUGGCCGAAUCAAAUAUAAAUAGACUGUUACGUGAAGCAAAUGGUGGAGCUAAAAGAGCAAAAAGAAUGAAAACGAAGAAAGAAGUCGAACGUCCUAAGAGAAAACGGAAGCCAAAGGAACGAAAGCCCCGCAAGGUUUUUACACCUGAGGAAAGGCGCCUUCGAAAAAAAAUGCAAAAUAGCAAUCUGAAUAUUGUGUGUGAUAUUUGUGGUCACAUUUCCGGCACUCGCAAUGGCUUCACAAUGCAUAAAUUGCGUCACACUGGAACAAAAAAUUUUGCAUGUUCAGAAUGUCCUAAGAAAUUUUACCAGAAUUGCAUGUUACAGUUACACAUCCGAGUGGUUCAUAAACAUGAAAGGCCUUUUCACUGUCGUUAUUGUGAGUUAACAUUUGGUGAUAACGGCGCACGAUAUAAGCAUGAAGCAAAAAUGCAUGGUGUAGGUAAAAAAGUGGAUACGCCAUCCAAUAACGAGUGUGAUAUUUGUGGAUUCGUCUCAAGCAAUCGUACGUCUUUGAAUAUGCAUAAGUUGCGUCAUACUGGUACGAAAAACUUUCAAUGCCCUGAAUGUCCGAUGAAAUUUUACCAGAAUUUCAUGAUGCAAGUACACGUACGAGUGAAACAUAGAAACGAGAAACCAUUCAGUUGCCGUCAUUGUGAAAAGAAAUAUACCACACCUACUAAACGUUAUCUCCACGAAAGAAAGAUUCACGGAAUUCAACCUAAACGAGUGAGAUCAUCCGUACGACCGGCAGAAAGUGUAAAGAAUCCUGCUGAGGUUUGAAAUUUGAAAUUUGUCCACAAGUGCAUUUAUUUUCGCGUACUAGACCAUAAAUAAACAUUUAUAUU